AUGUUCCGAAGUACAAAGAGCAGGGCAGUAGAAAGAAAUAGAAACUUUGCAAGAGAUGUAUCAACAAACGUUAGUUACCCUACACGAUUAAAUUUUUACUUGAAUCCACCGCAUGAGGAAGUUAGUAUAGAAGAAUUUGAAACAUGGGCAAUUGAUCGACUUUACGUACUGGGUGAAAUUGAGUCUGCCCUUUUUCGAAAUAAGGCAAAAAAGGAGUUAGACAUGAUUAUAAAGCGUGUCGUUGACAAGCACUUGCCCAUGGGCAGUAAUAUGGCUAGAGUCGUUAAAGGUGCAGGCCUGGAUGAAGAGCGUAGGAAAGACCAUUAUUCUCACUUCAUUUUACGGCUAGCAUUUAGUAGAUCAGAGGAAUUGAGAUAUCGAUUUCUUCGAGCUGAAUCUGCUCUUUUCAAAUACAGAUUUAUCAACGAAGAGGCGAGGGAGCGCCAAAAUUUUGUUGACAGUCUUAACUUUCAAUGGAAUGCAGUCUCCAAAGAAGAGAAAAGCCAGUACUUGAGUAAAAUCCAAGCUGCCUGCCAGCGAAACGUUGAAAACGAAUCUUUUUUUAAAGUACCAUUUAUAAAAGUACCUGACUUGGUUGAACGAAGAGCUGUUUUUGUUCAUAAAGGUUUUGCAUAUGUUCCUUUUUCGGAACAGAUCAGUAUUGUUAUCGAGGAAUUUGAGAAAAAUCUGAAACUAUCACUUGAGAAUACAGCAAAAGCUUUACCGCGAUUAGAUGAAGAUGAUCGUCUUUUGCCUAUUUUGAAUCAUCUUAGUAGAGGAUUUGUAGCACCAGAGGUAACUGUUUCUGCAGCUAAGCCUGGUGAAGUUACUGCAGAUCAAGUUGAUAGUCUUGUACCUCACUUCCCUCUGUGUGCAAGACAUCUUCAUAAUGUUUUACGGAAGGAAAAGCACCUUCGUCAUUUUAGUCGUCUUCAAUACGGUCUUUUUCUAAAGGACAUUGGUUUAUCCGUUGAGGAAGCUCUCAUUUUUUGGAAACGUAGCUUCUCAAAUGUUAAUGAUGACAAAUUUAAUAAGGAGUAUCGUUACAAUGUUCGCCAUUCUUACGGUUUGGAGGGUAACAGGAAAAAUUACAAGGGCUAUAGUUGUCAGCAAAUUUUGACAGGACCGCAAUUGGGACCUGGUGAUGCUCAUGGCUGCCCUUAUCGAACCUACUCACUCGAUAAUCUAGUCACAGCUUUAACCACACUAGGUAUAACGCCAGAUUCGUCUGGUUGCCGGGAAGUAGUUGAUGCUGUAAAAGGUCGACAUUAUCAUAUUGCAUGUACACGUGUCUUUGAGUUAACUCAUCCACAGAAGGGUACUUUGGAAGAAAGCAUUCACCAUCCUCUUCAAUAUUAUCAGCUCAGCACAGGACGUCAGUAA